GAAUGCCCUUUGUUCGACAAGUUUCUACUAUAAAUUGAUUUGAAUGGCGAAAUUUUCGCACAUAAUAGUAUUGACCACCGGGCCGAAGCAACAAUUGUAUUGAAGGAUUUGCCUAAAAAGGAAGGAUUCCACCAAAAAGGACAAUGUGUCGUGUUGGAUUGUUGCUGGCGGCGUUUGUGAUUGGAUUGUGUCAAGCUAGAACACUGCCGAAUCGUAGCAAACAAGUGAAAGCAUACGCGUACGUGCUGCCAGCCGGUGCCGAGGAGAUACGUGAUGACAUUAACCAUUCAUUUGUAUGUGCGAAUCGAACCGACGGAUUCUACGUUGACAUUGAUAAUGACUGUCAGAUUUUUCACCGAUGCCAGGACCGAGCCCGUUUCAGUUUCAUUUGUGCUGAGAAGACCGUUUUCAGCCAAAUGUAUCAAACCUGCGUGCACGAAGGACAGCUAGGGUUCCCCUGUGAAGACUCGGGUAUGUUCUUCCCGGAUGCAGAGGAAUCUUCAACUGCCAAUUCUGAAGCAGAGUCGUCCAGCGAAGGAGAAAGUACAAACGAAGAGCAGCAGCCUGCUGCUGAACCAAAUUCGGCAGCAGUCAUGAUGCCUGCUCAGGUCCUGUUGCCACCGGAAGAGGAAUCCAUGAUGGAUGCUUCCAAUGAUGAAGAGAAACUCAUAGGUUCUGUAGUUGCAAUGCCCAUCAGCGACAACUAUGUGAACAUGUUCGAUCACCAGCAAAUCAACGAUGAUAAGUUCGACCCUGUUGAAGAAGAGGAAGCCGACAACACGGCCCAGGAAAUGCUGGAUGAGCAAACUGAUGUUCAAUCUUCGGAAACUGCACUGCAUGAAGUCGUUGAUAGUACUCAGGAAGUGGAGGUUAACGAUGUUAGCAACGAAAGUAACAACGUUGGGGAAGAAAUUUUAGCUGAAACUUACGAAGCAAAUAGCGAUGAUGAACAUGAGCAUGUAGCCGAUGACACUAAUGUACAGAGCGAACAUGAAGCUGCAUUAUCAGAAGAGGUGCAACCAAUAAUGCAGUUACAGCUACAUCAUGACGUACAAGAAGUCGAAGAAUCGGAACCCGUUGUUCAGGACUUUCAGGAAGAAGAGCACACACCAGAACAAAAAGUUUCCGAUGUACAGAACACACAAUCAGUUGAGCCAGACAAUAGCAAUAACAUCAAUGAUGAAGAUGAUUCCAAUAUCAUUGAAAACAACAUAGUGGACGACCAAUUAGUCAAUGAACCAGUACAAGAAGCAGAAGCACAUGAGUCCGUUAGUGAUGAAGAAGCGUUACCAAGUUUGGAAAACAUUAUCGCUGAAGCAGAACUAGAACAUGACGACAAAGAAGAAAGUGAACAAAAGGUAGAGGAAAUCCCCGCUACCAUUGAACACGAUGACGUCACUGAAGAAAAAAUACAAGAACCGGAAGCAGCUUUGAUUCAGUCACAGUCGGUUUCGCAUGCCGUUGAGCAAACGCCUGUAGACGACCAAAGCCAAACUGUGAUGAACGAAGUUCACCCUUUGACUGCCACUCUUGCCGAGAAGAUUGCGGAACCAUCUUCCUCGAUGGACUUGCCAGAGUUUAUCGUUUCGACUGUAGCCGACCUCAGGAGGGGUGUUGUACCACCAGCGCUGAGGAGGCGAAAAACCUUCCUAUUCAAGGCGGAUGCUGUUCCUUCGUAGACACGUCGAGAAAAAAAUAUAUGGGAAAAUGGUGACGGCGGAUGGUUCCUUCUCGCUGGGCGCAACGAAAAACCGUCCACACUCUGGUAGCAAACGUUGACGUUGCUGUAGAUUUAAGUAAAUUAAUUUAUUUGCGAGUUAAAAUAAAGUAAAGGAGAAAAUAAAGUCUGGAAACUGUUCUUGUGCGAAAA